AUGGCUGCAGACAAAAGAGAAAAGUCACAGGUGCACAAAGUUGCCCUGCAAGGUUCAGCAAAGACUGUUGCGGAAUUCUUCGAGUAUUCGAUCAACACCAUCCUCUUCCAGCGAGGCGUGUAUCCAGCCGAAGACUUCUCAGCGGUCAAGAAAUAUGGCCUCAACAUGCUGGUAUCGUCCGAUGACCAAGUCAAAGCAUACAUCAAGAAGAUCAUGUCGCAGUUAAAUAAAUGGAUGCGGCACGGCAAAAUUUCGAAGUUGGUUGUGGUCAUCACGAGCAAAGAGACAGGCGAGCAUAUAGAGCGAUGGCAGUUCGAUGUGCAAGUCUUCGACAAGCAUGCAAAGUCGAAGUCAUCGAGACGGACAGCGGACAAGGAGAACGCGGCUCCAGAAGAGGCGUUGAAGGACACCGAACCCGAGAAAACUGAAUCGCAGAUCCAAGAGGAGAUUCAAGCGAUAUUCAGACAAAUCACUGCCUCAGUGACCUUCCUCCCAGUUCUUGACGGAAAUUGUACCUUCAACGUAUUGGUGUAUGCGGACGCCGACUCAGACGUGCCGAUCGAAUGGGGUGAUAGCGAUGCAAAGGAGAUCAAGGAUGGAGAAAAGGUCCAACUCCGGAGCUUCAGCACGGCCAACCACAAAGUCGAUACCAUGGUCAGCUAUCGUCUUGCAGACUGA